CGCACCUCGGUUUGUCACAGUUACCAUAACAACAACGCUAACGGCUGAAAACUAUCGGGAAAUUCUGAUUGUUGAUUCUUCAGAAAUGGAGGACCGCUACGCCUUCCUAGCCGAGUGGUACGACCCGACGGCCGCCCUCCUGCGGCGCUACCAGCUGUUCUUCUUCCCCAGAGACCGCUCGGUGGAGAUGUUUGACGUUAAAAACCAGCGAAUCUUCCUGAGGCGGACUCGGUACGAAGACCUGAACCAGGAGGACCUGUUCGUGGGGAACCGAGUGAACGUGUUCUCUAGACAGCUCCACCUGGUGGACUACGGAGACCAGUACACCGCCAACCAGCUGGGCAGCAGGAAGGAGAGAACUCUGGCUCUGAUCAAACCCGACGUGGUGAACAAAGUGGGCGACGUGCUGGAGCGGAUCUGCUCGUCCAAGCUGCUGGUGACCAAAGCCAAGAUGACCACGCUGUCCUGGAAGCAGGCGGCCGACUUCUAUGUGGAGCACCAGUCCAAGCCGUUCUUCAGUAACCUGGUGCAGUUUGCGUCCUCUGGCCCCGUGGUGGCCCUGGAGCUGAUGGGGGACGAGGCCGUGUCCAUCUGGAGGAGGCUCCUGGGGCCGGCGGACUCCUCGGCGGCGAGGAAGGAGGCGCCGCAGAGUGUCCGCGCCCAGUUCGGAACCGACGGCGUCAAGAACGUGGGCCACGGUUCCGACUCGCUCGCCGCGGCCGCCAGAGAGCUGGAGUUCUUCUUCCCGUCCACCGCCGGCCGCGGCCCGUCCAACACGGCCGUGUACGGCGACUGCACGUGCUGCAUCAUCAAACCUCACGCCGUGGCAGAAGGUCUGACCGGGAAGAUCCUGAACUCCAUCUCAGCGGCCGGAUUCCAGAUCUCAGCGCUCCAGAUGUUCAACGUGGACCGGGCCAACGCAGAGGAGUUCUACGAGGUUUACAAAGGCGUCGUCACAGAGUACCCCACAAUGGUGACGGAGCUGUGCUCUGGACCCUCCAUGGUCCUGGAGAUCCACGGAACCGACGUCGCUCAGUCCUUCAGGGGGUUCUGUGGCCCCGCCGAUCCAGAAGUGUGCCGCCACCUGCGGCCGACCUCCCUGCGAGCGCUGUACGGCAGAGACAAGGUGAAGAACGCCGUCCACUGCACCGACCUGCCGGAGGACGGGCUGCUGGAGGUUCAGUACUUCUUCAGGAUUCUGGACGCGUGACAAGACAGGAAGCGGCCAGACGGGUGACUCAUGUUUGUUUAUUGUUUCAGCCUUAUGCAGAUUAAAUAAAGGGUUGAUCUUCACAUUGAACACACGACUACACGUCAUUACACGGAAACGGCCUCUGAUGCUUCACCUGUUUUUAAACUUUAGUUUUUUGGUUUUUGAUUCAUACAGACACUUUGAACAAAAUGUACAACUGCAUAAAUAUAAAAUUAUUCCACCAUGAAAAUGGUUAAAACAUUCAAUAGUGAGUUUGUCUCCAUG